AUGCUCCAGCAUAGCGUGGUAAAGAAUGAAAUAAGCAAUGGCAGGACACCUAACCUUAGGAUCGAGCAUCCAUCUCAUGGCAAAAAUAAUGCUGAUAUGAACAACGGCGGUGGUGGCAACAACUCAGAGAAUAACCCAAAUGAGCAAAAUGGGAAUAAUGAAAAAACAGGAAAAACGAAGGAGGAAGAAGCGGAUCUACUCAUGGAAGCACAAAACGAAAACGAAAAAAAGCAGAUAGAAGAAAUAGUUGAAAAAGCAGAGUUAUUCGCUGAAGAGGCAAAAAUGUUAGAGGACUUGGCAUCCAAAGCGUCUCAAACGGUAAUCAAAUUUUUGGGCAACAUUUCAGAGGGGCAAAUAGCGUCAGAGUCUAAAGUGGAUGCCAUUCUGACAGCGAGAGACGCAGAAAGAGGGAAGGACGAUGCUAUGAAGGCUGCCAAGAGAGCUGAAGCGGCCAAAACUGUAACAGAGGCAAACCAAGCAAUGGCUCAAGCGGAAAAUGCGAAGAAAUUAACAGAAUUUGCGGCCAAACUGGCAAAAGAAAGCGCAAUAGAAGCACUGAAUGAUGCCGGAAAGAAUUCCGAAGCAUCCGAGUUGGCCAAAAUGAAAAUCCCAAUUCCAGUAAAUUUGAAGCCGAAAAAGGAGGAUUUGAAAAAGCGAGACAAGAACAAACAGUCACCAGCGGUAGCAGCAAAACUUGAAGUAACGCCUGCCGCAAAAGUAGCGACUCCAGCGGGGAAUGCUACAAAGGUAAACGGAGCUCCGGCCACCCCCCAACCCACAUCAGGAGGCAAAGUGGCGAAAGAAGCAAUCGAGGAAUCCGCGGGAAGCAAGUCAAAUUCGCACUACGAAGAAAAAAGCUUAAAGGAAGGAACCGCAGAGGCAGAAAAGGGCCAAGAACAAGGACAGCAGGCUGAGUUCGAAAGUCUUCAACAGAAACAAACGAAUGUAUUUUAUAAUGUGGUGCAAUUUUUUAUAAGUAAAAUUAAAGCGUUUGUCAAUUUUUUUAAAUUCUGGUAA